UCAUUCCUCUCCUCAUUCCGAACAUUCUUCACAUCUCUGUCGGUGCGAGGCCGAUUCACGUACACGUACCCGGGUGGCCCUGAAACGCAAGGAUAACUUUACACAGUUUACAAAAAACUACAUUAACUCACAUAAGGAAUACUAAAGGAAGCGAAUUUAAACGUACAUAUCAAUAACCGAGGUCUUUGAGUUGCUUCGGCUCGGAGUUGCAGAACUGUGUGGAACGUUUCAGAACUCUACACAAACAUUACAUUUAAAGAAGACUUGUUGCACCUACGGUAGCCUAUACAUCGAACACACUUCAUCAUUGCUUAUUUACCCGGGCUGUGGGCCGAGGCCAUGGAUCCCAACAGCUGGAGCGGCAGCGAGAGCCCUGCCGAAGACAUCGAGAGGCUGAGCGACUCGGCCGACAAGCCCCUGGACAACGACGCCGAGGGCGUGUGGAGCCCCGACAUCGAGCAGAGCUUCCAGGAGGCGCUGGCCAUCUACCCGCCCUGCGGCCGCCGCAAGAUCAUCCUGUCCGACGAGGGCAAGAUGUACGGUCGGAAUGAGUUGAUAGCCCGGUACAUCAAACUUCGGACGGGGAAAACAAGGACGCGCAAGCAGGUGUCUAGUCACAUGCAGGUCUUAGCAAGAAAGAAAGUUCGAGAAAUUCAAGCUGCUAUCAAGGUGUCUAGUCACAUUCAGGUUCUUGCCAGAAGGAAAUCUCGUGAGUUUCAUUCCAAGCUAAAGGUCACCAGCAUGGAUCAAACGGUGAAGGACAAAGCGCUGCAGAGCAUGGCCUCCAUGUCGUCGGCUCAGAUCGUCUCCGCCACCGCCAUCCACAACAAGCUGGGCCUGCCGGGAGUCCCACGGCACGCCUUCCCCGGAGCUGCUGGGUUUUGGCAGGGCAUGAUAUCAGCAGGCCAGCCAGGAUCAUCACAAGACAUUAAGCCUUUUGCCCAGCAAGCCUACCAGAUCCAGCCAGCAGUCACAACAUCCAUUUCAGGGUACGAGUCCCCCACAGCUCAGGUACCCACCGUCCCAGCCUGGCAGGGCCGCUCCAUCGGGACGUCCAAACUCAGGCUGGUGGAGUUCUCUGCCUUCCUGGAGCAGCAGCACGACCCGGACUCAUACAACAAGCAUCUCUUUGUAAACAUCGGACAGACGAAUCACUCCUACAACGAUGCCCUGCUGGAGUCUGUGGACAUCCGUCAGAUUUACGACAAAUUCCCCGAAAAGAAGGGGGGGUUAAAGGAGCUGUUUGGCAAAGGGUCACACAACUCCUUCUUCCUCCUCAAGUUCUGGGCUGACCUGAACUGCAAUAUCCAGGAUGACACGGGCGCCUUCUACGGUGUGACCAGCCAGUACGAGAGCUCGGAGAACAUGACCAUCACCUGCUCCACGAAGGUCUGCUCCUUCGGCAAGCAGGUGGUGGAGAAGGUGGAGACGGAGUAUGCGCGUUUUGAGAACGGGCGCUUUUUGUACAGGAUAAGCCGGUCGCCCAUGUGUGAGUACAUGAUCAACUUCAUCCACAAGCUCAAGCACCUUCCUGAGAAGUACAUGAUGAACAGCGUCCUGGAGAACUUCACCAUCCUGCUGGUGGUGACGAACAGAGACACGCAGGAGACGCUGCUGUGCAUGGCCUGCGUGUUUGAGGUGUCCAACAGCGACCACGGCGCCCAGCACCACAUCUACAGACUGGUGAAGGAAUGAGCAGCCUCCGCCCUAAGCCUUUACCACACGGACUGAACCUCAAUGCAAGUGGCAGUGCCUCUACAUUAAACCAGACCCUCCUUUGGGUAAAGCCUAUUAUUGUUAUUAUUUCCAUUUUUAACGUAUACGUGUAUGACUGCAGCUGUGAAUUGCGGUACAGUUGUUUUAUGUUUUGAUAUGGGGGGUGGGGGCGGGGGGGAUAUCUACAUAUUAAUGAGUGACUGGUCAAUGUCUGUCUGCAGGAAGAUAUACAUGUAUAUAUACAGGCAGGACAUAAUGCAAAACAGGAUUUCCUGUUGGUGGGGUUGCGUCUGGUCAACACUUUGUUUCUUUUCUGUUUUUAUCCUGUGAUGUCACUACAAAACAAACUAGCCUUUGUUUCAUGGGUUAUAUUAACUAGCUACAUAACUAUGUAUGUAAGAGUGAUUGUGUAAGAGUGUGACUGUGUGUAUAUUCAGUGCUGUCUGUAAGUAUUUGGACAGUGAUACAUUUUUGUUGUUUUGCCUCUAUUCCAGCAUAUUUGAUUUGAAAUUAAACCGUGAAUACAUGUUUUAAGUGCAGACUGUCAGCUUUAAUUUCAGGAUAUAAACAUCCAUACCGGGUUAUCCGUGUAGGAAUUACAGCCUACAUCCAAAUCCUGGUGUACAGAGCCAACGCUACAGAAAAUUGUGUCACUGUCCAAAUACUUACAGCCUGGACUGUGCAUCUCUGUAUACAUGCACACAGACACAUUUCCAAAGAAAAGUAUUUGAAAUUAAUCAUUUAUUUUUUUGGAUAAAUCAAUUCACAAAUGAAAACAUAUUUAAAAGACAGUUGAUUGUGGCUGUCGUUAUUACAAGGAAACUGUACAACUAAAACAUUCAUAGCUUUCAAUUCAGAAAUCCCACCUGCUUAGAUGUUCCUCAUCACUGACUCUAGUAACCUACAGAAGAAUUUAAAUGCACUGUGAGAACAUUAAGCAUGUAUGUAUAAUUAUUUGGCCUUGGCCAAAACAACUAAAAUUGCAAUAAGAAAACCUGUAUAUUUUUAGCCUAUUAAAUGUUUUUUGUUUUCUCCAGUAUAUAAAAAGAAAAACGCAAACGGCUCCAUUAAAAACACACUUACAAAUGAAAGUACUACACUGAUCAUCACCCUGUUCUAGGCACUUGGCUCUUCUGUUAGUGCACAAUUUACCAAGGUAACUGGUUUCAUUUGUCUAUUAGAGUAGGCACAAAAUGCAUUAAAAGGCCUGGGAUCACUUUAAGAAUGUCAGGCAGUGUUAGGAAAACACUACAUUUCACAGACAUUUACAUGUUGCCAUUAGUUCUGUCCAGUCAUAGUGGCUGUUUUAUAGCCACAUACACGUGCAAGGCCUGCCUUUUUCUGUGAUUCCAAGCCUUAACGAAAUGCAGUGGCGUGAAUUCCAAAAGAUGCCUCUAAAGCUGUGAGUUCUUUGCUAAGCUAGGAAGACUUUCUUGUUAUCAUUUACACUAUUGUACAGAACUGCCAAAGUAUAACUGUAUACAGUGCCUUAGUGUAUGUUGUAAUUACAGACUAAUUAACGUGUAGAAUGUCUCAUUAAAAAAAGAAAAAAACUCCCAUGGUCAGUGUGUGCGUGUGCGUGUGUGGGAAAAUGCACAAGCCAUUGUCUCUCACACAUGUAGAUACCAGCUGUCUCAAUACCUUUUAAAAACUUACCAUGGCAAGCAGAGGAUGGCUUCAACAUCUGUUUGUACAAACACUGGCAUGGGAUGUAUAUUUUAGAGAAAGACAACAUAUACUAAACUUUGCCUUUCCUUGUCUAAAAGACCAAAAAUCUAUUGAGGUGUAUUGGAACUCUAAUCUUUCCCUGCACUGUAGCAUGAAUGUGCCUUUGGUUUGGAAUUUCAAGUGUAGAAAAGACAUAAAGAAUAACUACUAGUAGCAAAACCAAAAUUAAUUACAACUUAAAAUGACUAAUUACAAUAGCCUAAGUAAGAGAACUGAUCACCACAAUGCCUUUUUAAGUUUUGUAAUAAAACGGUGAGACAGAAUGUGUUUCAUAGAGAGUUAGAUUAUAUGAAUUAUUAAGGAAGCGUAGCGUGGCACAGUGCAAAGUGGCGUAAAAGAUAUAGAUCUGUUCAUUAGUGUAAUGUAGAUCGCCCUGGAUGGGGCCCUUCUCUUAAACAGCAGACAUUUCUACCCUUUAUUUACACAUGCUUUUAGAGUCAUUGUGCUCAUAAGUUCUGCUUUCAUCAGCCUAAAAGACAAUGUGCUCCAAAUGGCCCCCUCUACAGUAAGGAAUAAGGGUGAGAAGUCACCGUUUGGAUAUUCACUACAAACUGAAGUAAAACAGACGUGCUUGUGUCUACACUGAGGCCCACCAGUGAAUUUUAAGUAGUGCAAAGGGCUUUGAGGAAAUGAUUAACUGCCAUUGGAUGGCUGGACAGUGUUUUACGGAUAUUCUUCAGUGGGGGCAAUUCCAUUUGUCCCGAAUCUUCAACAUUUACAGAUAAGGCAACCGACAGAAUGAAGGAUGCUUUGCUUUGAGCUGCUGUUAAGUUGCUCAAUUUGAAUAAUCCUUCCAAUGGUUUGAAAUCAUGGAAAAGUGCUUUGACUCCACUGUAAAAUAAAAAUGUUCACUCUGAGAGGGGUGAAGAGAAAUGCAGUCCAAGUUGGUAUGAAUGCUAUAGACGACAAUGGAGUUUAUCAUCUUCAAUCAAACAGACUCUGUUAAACUUUGGUUUCUGUGUUCUUUAUUGUUUUAUUUUGUCAUGUGUAACUGUGUUCUGAUGUAUGAAUAACUUAAGAUGAACUCAGUCCCUGUUUUAUUGUACAUGUAUACAAUGGUUUUGUGUUGACUUCAGUGCAUACGGAAGUCACGUCAGUGGUGAUGCUGUUGAUGCUGUACUGCUGGUGUUUUGACAGUCAGUUCCGUUCUGAAAGCGUUUAGAAUACCUCUGCUUUCAUAGGGAUUGUAAGACUAUUGCCUUUCAUACCAUGAACGUUUGUGAGAUAUUUUAAUUAGACACUGAACCAUCUCUGGGGGAAUUUUGACGCAAACAUAUCAGCAGUUAAGCUCUUAUUAUGUGUUUGUAUUAUGUCUCUAUGUGUAGGUACUGGUACCUUUUUUGUUUAUAACCAUUUUAAAUGUUUGGCUUUAAAGUGAUAUUUUCUUUUGUUCAGAUACAGUAGUGUCAUGGAAACUGUUGGGGUUUGUGUGCAGAGAUUUUUUUAAAGGUGCUUUUGUAUAAAGAGAAUCACGUAUCCUGGCUUUUCUUGGUACAAAUGUGAGAUAUCAGCUGUCCAUGAGGACAGUAAAGUGCAGGGGCGGCCAUCUUGCUGCUCCUGCACGUGUUUCUUCACUGCGAACGCUCUCGUAUUUGCUCCGUAACAUUUUGAUGCCUUCUUGAUAAAGUGGUAGAUAUUUUGUAGCUUUCUAGGGACUUUGUAUGCAUACAAUAUCAAACAAAAAUAAAUGAUUUAAAAUGUCAA